AUCAGAUACAGAAUCAAAUCAAAACUCUCCAAAGUGUAUGACUAUGAGUACUAUACUGCUAUAUAUAUAUAUAUAUAUCACACUUGCAUAAAAACUCAAAAUCGAUACCAAAACAAUCACAACAUGGAUAAGACAACGAUGUUGCUUUUCUCGAUUUUGUUCUUGUUCACAUUCCUCACGAUCGCGUUAUCUAAAAACAUAUGUAACCAAGAUGACAAAGAUACCCUCCUCAAGAUCAAGAAAUCCUUAAACAACCCUUACCACCUCGCCUCGUGGGACCCCCAAACAGACUGUUGCUCCUGGUACUGCCUUGAGUGCGGCGACGCCACAGUUAACCACCGCAUCACCGCCCUAACAAUAUUCUCCGGUCAGAUAUCCGGCCAGAUCCCGCCUGAAGUAGGUGACCUACCGUAUCUGCAAACCCUUGUCUUCCGCAAACUCUCAAACCUCACCGGUCAAAUCCAACCCGCCAUCGCUAACCUCAAGUACCUCCGGACACUCAGGCUCAGCUGGACGAAUCUUACCGGUCCAGUUCCUGAAUUUCUCAGUCAGCUCAAGAAUCUCCAGUUCUUAGAUCUUUCUUUCAAUGAUCUCUCUGGUUCAAUACCAAGUUCUCUGUCUUUGUUACCUAAUCUCCUGUCCCUUGAUCUCAGCAGGAACAAGCUUACAGGUCCAAUACCAGAGUCAUUUGGGUCGUUUAAAGGACAAGUCCCUGACCUUUACCUAUCACACAACCAGCUCUCCGGUUCUAUACCCAAAUCACUAGGCAAUCUAGACUUUAACCGGAUCGAUUUCUCCCGGAACAAGCUCAAAGGUGAUGCUUCGAUGUUUUUUGGAGCCAACAAAACGACAUGGUCCCUUGAUUUAUCAAGAAACAUGUUCCAGUUCGAUCUCUCCAAAGUUGAGACCCCUAAGACACUUGGUAUCUUGGACUUGAAUCACAAUGGCAUCACAAGGAACAUUCCGGUUCAGUGGACUGAAACUCCUCUUCAGUUCUUCAAUGUUAGUUACAACCAAUUGUGUGGACGCAUUCCCAAUGGAGGGAAACUUCAGACAUUUGAUUCGUAUUCCUAUUUUCACAACAAAUGCUUGUGUGGUGCACCUCUUGAUAGUUGCAAGUGA